GCAAAUGUGGUCCGGAUCCGCACCAUAGCUCGGUAGCUUCCAUUUUUAUAUGCCCAGGCCGAGCGGAGCCAAGUGGUCCGCGGCGGAGCGCUAUUGCUUGCCUUAACGCCGCCUCUGUUCUCCGAGGAGGAGAAAUCGGCGAAAGGCAGAAAGGGGAGAUUUUGAGCUUCUUGUCACCGUUUUUAGGGGAGGGAAAUUCUAGCUCGAAGACACCUGCCAUAGCAUCUGUACCCAUUUAUUUGCAUGUUAGACUGGUGAUUUGCUGAUGUCCGUGGCGGAGACAGUCGAGCCUUUGGCCUCCUCUUCAUCAUCAAUAGAGGUGGAUCCACUUCUCAAGGAUCUAUCAGAGAAAAAGUUGAUCUUUAAGAAGAACGUAGUUACAUUAGCGGCGGAGCUGAAAGAUGCGCGACGCCGCUUGGUCUUGCAGGAGCAGUCUUUUGCAAAAGAGGCACACACGAGAAAGGUAGCAGAGACGAAGGCAAGGAGCAUGGAAGAAGAGAUAGGCCGGUUGCAGAUGUACCUUCAAGAGAAGGAUGAAAAGCUGAAUGCAACUUUGAGUACAACUCAGCAGUACACGAAGGAGCUAGAUGUUCUUAAAUCUCAACUGGCACUUACUCAAGCAACUGCUGAGGGCAGUGCUGCAUCAGCUCAGUCAGCUCAAUCUCAGUGCUUGGAUUUGUUAAGAGAGCUUGAUGAAAAACAUAGUAUGCUAGAAGCGCAUGAAAACAGAGUAAACAAACUAGGGAAGCAGAUAGAUUUUCUGCAAAAUGAUCUCAAAUCAAGAGAAUCCUCACAAAGGCAGCUAAGGGAGGAAGUAUUGAGAAUAGAGAAAGAGAUAAUGGACGCGGUUGAAAUGGCUGGAGCUAAAAAAGACUGUGAACUAAGGAAGAUUUUGGCUGAAGUUUCCCCAAAGAACAUUGAGAACAUCACUAAGCAGCUGACUGCAAAAGAUGAAGAAAUUGCCAGGUUGAGAGAUGAGAUUAGAGAGUUGUCUACACACUGGAAACAACUAACUGAGGAAUUACAAGUGCAGCUAGAGCAACAGCGUAGGAAUGAUCAGGAGCUGAAGAAGAGGAUAAUGAAACUUGAAUUCUGUCUUCAAGAAGCACGAUCCCAGAUGAAGAAGCUCCAGAAGAUGGGUGAGAAAAGAGACAAGGCAAUCAAGGAGUUGAAGGAUCAAUUGGCUAUGCGGCAACAAAAUUGUUCUAAUUGUGGUGAUAGAUUGAAUUUCUGGGAGAGUCAAGGGUUUAAGGUCAUUGCUUCCAUGUCUAUGCUGGUCCUUGUUGUUUUUGCUAAGAGAUAAAGAGCUGUUUUGUCUGUGUCUACCUUUGUAAAUGAAUGUUAGGUCUCUUUUUAUAUUACGAAACAUAUACUGACUUUAUAUCAAUGCUAUGGAAUGGUCUAUAUAAUUCUCUCGUGUGGUUCUAUUGAUGGAAUCAUCCACAUUU